GAGCACAGCCGAGCCUCCCUCCCAGAGGGUCUGGCCGGGGAAGAUACGAACCUUCCGGGGAGAGCACGUUUUAUUCCCCCAUUGCUCGGGGGCGGAGGGGGGGGGGACGUCUCCAUAUUCCACAGACGGAUUUUAUCUUCUGGAACUAGCAGCUGGGCUGGCCGAGCCAUGCAACUUUACGCGCUCGCCUCGAUUGCGAAGCCAUGCACGGAUCCCUUUUCUCCCCCAGGACCGUAUUGACAACGCAGCCCGCCUGCUCUGUCCGGUACAGAGAAUGCCACACUAGAUAUGCCAGCUUCUCCUGAAGUGAAAAGCCUCUGCAAGAACUGACAAUCUUCAGUUCCCCUUCUGGCUGCCCCUCCGCAGUCUGACAGAGAUGGCUCGUGAUCCCCGAUCAUCCCGACUAGCAAAAAAGGAGGAGAAAAGCAAAAAGAAAUCAAGCCCAGUCAAAAGCAAAUCUUGCCAAGCCACAAAAGAUGCCAAGAAAACAUAUCCUAAAGCAGAAAGUUCUGCGAAGUGCAAAAAGGCAACAGAAGAAAAAAACGACAGCAAAAAAAGGCCACAGGAGCAGAAACCCCCUUUGAAUUCCUCAUGUAGAUGUCUCAGGAGCAAUGUCACCAAAGCCUUAUCGGGAGCAUCGUGGGUGAAUCUGGAAUUAACUGAUAACGUUCUCUUUCCGAAACAGUCUCCUCUGAACUACAACGGCUUCACAAUGACCCUUCGCAGGAAACCCUUUUCCCAUAGACUUUUCCAAAAACCAACAGUUGCAAAAGUUAAGAAAAGUAGCCCAGAAAAAAAUACAAGGAAGAAAAAUCAGUGUGAAUUAGAAACCUCCCAUUUGUUACAAGAGAAGCAAGCUAAAGAGACAACUAGGGAUUCCAAACAGGAGUCACACCAAAAGAAUGAAUUAUCUUCUUCCAAACCAGAAGAGUCUCUGUUUGACACUGAACACAGCCCUGCUUUUGAAUGUAAGAGUCAAGUUGCAAAAGGAACCAUUUCUCUGGAGCAAAGUAUUGCUGCUUCCAACAAUGCCGUAUCAGAUAGCCAUAAUCUAGAAGUAUUAGAAGCGGAAUGUGAGUGUGAAGAACAUGGGCUCAGGGAACAGGCACCAAACGAUUGCUCAACAAACAGCUCGGCUGAGACACUGGCCAGUUUUGUCCUUCCUCUUUCACACCUGAACUCUGCCAUCACUUCAGAGGUACAGAAAAAUGAACCAGGGCCAUUUGUGGAAGCACAUUUCGAGAGUGGCUUAGAUUUGCCCUCUGCCCUGCAAGAACAUUCCAAUACACAUUCCGAUUCUACACAGACACUUUCCUCGGAAACAAAAUCAAAGGUGCUCGUACAAAAGUCAGAGUCUUCUGUAGAAUCCCACUCCAGGACUGACUGUGGUUUGCUGCUAGCUAAUUGUGAACCUGAUGCUGAUGUUUUGAUUACCUCUGAAUUGAUCUCAAAAUUGCAUUUGGACGAUCCGUCUGAGUUACCGGAGGCACACUUGCUACAAGUCCCUGAGCCUAUUGUUCAAGGAGAGACUGGUUCACAUCAUUUCUCUGAACCAGAAAGUUGGCUAAGAGAUCCAAGCCUUUGUGUGGAUCCUCAUUCACCAAAUGACCUGGAACGGGAAGCAACCAAUAAAGCACUUGAUUUUUUUUUCAGCUCCAGACAAAACGAUCUAGGAUGUGACCCUAUACACAAAGAUUGUGAACAAGUUUCUGAUACCUCUUUAGCUAGUUUUAUUUUGGAAGAUCUUCAGCCGACGCUCGAAAAAAAUUCUGCAGAAACUUUUAUUUUAGAUUCGGUGGCUAUGCCUGUUACAUCCCUCAGCUGGGAAAAAAACUCAACAUGUUCCAUUUCUGUAAGCAACAGGGAAGCAACUCUUCCAGAAUCCCCUGGAAGUUCUCAUUCAGGGCUGAAAUCAAACAGUGCAGAGGACACAGAUAGGACAGUUUUGCCAAAUGACUCCAUUCCAAAGCCUCAGGAUCCUUUGCCACAAUUGGGGGGCGAUGCAAAAUGCGUGACCAAUCCAGUUACAGCUUUAGAACCAUCCUCUUAUGGGCAUCCAAUCGACGGACUUUCUGCCUCAAAUACCUCUUUGCAACCUGUGAUAGAAAAGAAGAAGCGGAGGCAAUGUGGUGUAUGCGAACCUUGUCUGAGGAAAACUAACUGUGAAGAGUGCAGCUGUUGCAGAAAACGUAAAACUAGUCACCGGAUAUGUAAAAAGAGAAAAUGUGAAGAACUGAAGAAGCCUCUGCACCCCCCACCCCCCUUAGAGGUGCUAACUGAAAACAAAAGGCCUCAGAGAAGGAAGCAAAGAGUUCGAAAGGGAGACUUAGAAAACAAACCAGUCAAUGGCUGCAGACCUGAGCUCAUGGAAUGUAUUGCUAACGGCCAUAGUGAAAAAUACAAGGUGAAACCAAACCAGCCACUGCCUUGGGAAAAUGCACAGUCACAUGAAAAGGGAAGUAUGACCGGUCUAGAAGCUGAGAAGUGGGCGCAGAAUGAGAAACCGUUGCUCAGCGUCCAUGUGAAUGGUGACCUCUGUGGAGCUGGAGCAAGGAAUGAGAAUUUGAAGCAUUCUGAAAAGGAUGCAAAAACCGUUUCUUCUUCCAGUGCGUUAGAUGAGCCUAAAAAGUUGUUUGCACAAACUGUUAAAAACGGUAUUAAAAGCAUACCUUUUUCACCAGCAGAAUGUGAUUUGUCAUUGAUACAAGAUGUGAGCGGAAGUGUCAAUGCAACUAAAAGUUACAAAGAGAAUGACUCCGAUGCCUUUGGGACUGGUGCUUCUCCGCUGAAUCACCUCAGCGCUGGAACAUGUGGUGCUCCCCCUGCAAAAAACAACCAUGUUCUAGCGAAGGAGACAGAAAACUCUAACGCCAUUCAAGAAUCUCAGAACUCACUUUUGCAAACCAUUUCACUUUUAGACCGUCAGGGCAAACCAUCUUGCACUCCUGUGCUUGAGGAAGAUGGCUGUCUUGAGGAUGGUGCUUCAAACAUAUCAAGCAAGGAUUUCCAGCCUGAAGAUAUGUCACUUCAAUCAACUUUUUUAUCGCUGAUUAAAAACAGAAAUUUAACUGUAGAGCAGAUUGUUGCCAUUGAGGCAUUAACACGUCUGUCAGAAGUCUCUUUAGGUGCUUCUUCACCAGCUAAAAUCGAAAGUGGUCAGUGUACAGAGCAAGAAACAACUUCUCAUUCAUUUAACAAUUACAGCAAGGAGAAUUCCCAUUCUUUCACAUCAGCACUGAAAGCAAUUAAAGGGACUUGCCCACCAAAAGACCAACAUUGUGCUCAUUCACAGAGAAAAAAUCUUCCAAAUAAUUUGCUUUAUAACGGUCAAAGUGCUACUUCUGAAGUCUGUAAUAAAUCCACAGGUCCAUCUAGUUUACUGUGUCGAUUGCAUUUCUCUCCAAGAGAUACCAAGCCUUUCGCUGCAUUAGCGUCUGGGGGAAAUUCAAAUCAUACUACCAAGAAACAUCCUCUUCACCAUAAAACUGCCAUUGGGCCAUGUUCCAAAAACUCAAAUACUGUCAAACAACGGAGAAACAGAGUGGAGAUGCUUGGGAAAUGGGAGGGAAAGGCUAUUCAUGGCCUGAAUUCAAAAAGUAAUUCUGUAAUUAAGGAUGGUAUUCAUAGCCAAGAUGAAGAAGAGGUAGCUACCCAAUUAACUCAACUUGCAGCAAUAAUUGAAUCCACAAACCCAGAUCAGAAGACGUCAUUUCUUAGUCGAAUACCACCAGAUAUGCAAUCAAAAUAUAAACAGGACCAGUGCCUAUUGCAGAAGAAACAAUCGGUAUUUGGAAGGAACAAUUAUAGCUCACUGUUAGUCAAGCAAAGGCAACCUGCGCGGAAAACUGACAAGCCGGUACCUCGGGCAAAAAGACUAAAGAAGAAGCCUCAAGCUGUGCCUGACCAACAAAAUAGCCAACUGCCACAAGAAUGCCAGUCUGGCGAAUUACUAGAGAAACCCAGGAGAUCUUCUAAGCUCCGCAAGCCUGGUCGGACUGCACUACAAGACUCCAAGCUAACUGGGAUGGGGAAAAAGCCUUCUAAAACCAAAGCGCAAAAGGGGCGGAAUCAGAUCACUUUGGCAUCACAACAGAAAACGGCGACGUUGUUUCUUCCCAAAACUCAAAUCAUAUUCCAUAGACCUGUACCUGCCUCAGCACUGGACAAAAUGAAAGACAAGCUACUUGGCCGUGAGAUGGCACCCGAACACGUGAAAAUCAAGGGCUCUAUCAAUGCCCAGAGUGCUGAUCCUCCUGGUGGUGCGUCUGUUACUCUGCCACACAGUGGCCUGCCCUCCAGCAAUCUUCCAUCUGUUUCUCACUUAGACCCACCAUCCUGUUUCAACCAAGGAAGUGACAAUAUGCAGAUGUUUACAGAAAAGGACAAGACUUCUCAGGUACAACAAGCAAUGGAUAUUGCUCAGAUGCAUCCUUUGCCUCAAUCCUUCAGUCAGUCCAGCCAAAGGGGGGUUGAAAUCUGUGCUGAAAACACGGCGAAGCUCCAGCUGGAUGGCCUGGAACAGCAAAAGGCUCAGAAGCUUCAGGCCACGCCCAUUAACUGUGGGGAGCCCCCUUCAGAGGAUCCAUUGCAAACUCUCAGGAGUGCUGAUGGUGCAGAGGAAGUUAAAGUUCUAACAUCAGGAAGCUUGGAGAACGAGAAUCCACAGAGUACUGGAAUCUUAGGAUAUUCUCCAGCAAAAAAUACACUCAGUAGCUUUCUUGAAUCCCCUAUGAAAUUCCUAGACACCCCUACGAAGAACCUAAUCGAUACUCCUACAAAGAGAGGGCAGACUGAUUUUCCAUCUUGCGACUGUGUUGAACAAAUAGUAGAGAAGGAUGAAGGACCAUAUUAUACGCACCUGGGAACAGGGCCGAGUGUUGCCGCUGUGAGGGAAAUAAUGGAGGACAGGUAUGGAGCAAAAGGAAGCGCUGUAAGAAUAGAAAUAGUUGUGUAUACAGGAAGAGAAGGAAAAAGUUCCCAGGGAUGUCCGAUUGCCAAGUGGGUUAUUCGAAGAAGCAGUGAAGAGGAAAAGCUAUUAUGCUUGGUCCGACAGCGUGCAGGACAUCACUGUCAAACAGCCGUCAUUGUGAUCCUCAUUUUGGCUUGGGAAGGGAUUCCCCACCUUCUGGCUGACACCCUGUACAAAGAACUGACACAGAGUCUCAGAAAAUAUGGCUGUCCAACGAGCCGUCGGUGUGCACUCAACGAAGAUCGUACAUGUGCUUGUCAAGGUCUUGAUCCAGAGACAUGUGGAGCAUCUUUCUCUUUUGGCUGCUCGUGGAGUAUGUAUUAUAAUGGCUGUAAGUUUGCCAGGAGCAAAAUCCCCAGGAAAUUCCGACUUCUCACAGAUGAUCCCAAGCGGGAAGAAAAUCUGGAAAAUAAUUUGCAAACCUUAGCUACUGAUUUGGCUCCGCUGUAUCAGAGACUCGCUCCAGAUGCUUUCCAGAACCAGGUAGAAAAUGAGCACCUGGGUCCUGACUGUCGGCUUGGGUCCAAGGAUGGUCGUCCAUUCUCGGGUGUUACAGCUUGCAUAGAUUUCUGUGCGCAUGCCCACAAGGAUACACACAACAUGCACAAUGGAAGCACUGUGGUUUGUACUUUAACAAAAGAAGAUAACCGUACAGUGGGAGCAAUGCCAAAUGAUGAACAGCUGCAUGUGUUACCUCUUUACAAGAUUUCACAAACUGAUGAAUUUGGCAGAGAGGAGGGACUGGAAGCCAAGAUAAAAGCUGGGGCAAUACAGGUGCUCACUGCUUUUCCCCGAGAAGUUAGAAUGUUAGCUGAGCCACGCAGAGCAACCAAGAAGAAGAAAUCAGAAGCAAAGAAGGGGCCUGUUGAGAAGCAAACUUCAGCAGAGAAGAAGAAUUCCACACCUGUAAAGGGGAAGAGUGGAAUGCCAGAAAAUAUGACUCAAGCUUCACAGAGUUUAGGGAACCAAACUAAUACAUUGCAGCCUGGAACAAAAAUGGAAACUGUUGAUCACUUUUCAACCAUAAAACAUAAUUCAGACACUACUAAAAAUUGCUCUGUGCUAAAAGAAUAUGCUUCUUCCUCCCCUUUAAAGCUGGAUAGCUUACGUUCUUGUUCCCCAUUAACUGACAAACCUGGUGGUUUAAUGCCGGUGACUAAAAGUCAAGAAGAUUUUUCAACUCCCUACGGGUAUUUUCAGUGCAGUAAUAACAAACCUCAUGUGACACCCAAAGGUAAGAACUUUGAUGUGUCGGCCAGUGAUCAUACUGGAAUUUUGUUGGAUGAGAAGAGGAAUGGCAUGCCCCCAUUCCUUCAGAACGUUACUGUCUCAAAGCCUGCAUCUUACAGCGAAUCUCUUCCCUACACACUUGAACAGGAAGUAGCCAACAAGCAAAAUGGCGAAAUGAAGUUGGAAAACUCCUCUGCCUCACAGUUGAUGGACCCUGAUCCAUCGGUGCUGGUGAAUGCUCCAGGAGAGGUGGUCAGAAAUGAAAUUUGUUCUUCCCAGGAAAGUUCAGUGCAAAAAGGUGCUUUCAAACACAACCCAAAUGGCCGUUCCACUUCUGUGGCUAACAAGCCAAGCAGUGUGCUCCUAAAAAGCACAGAUCCUGACGAGAAAGCAGAGGAGAUGUGGUCUGAUAGUGAGCAUAAUUUUUUGGACAAUGACAUCGGUGGGGUAGCUGUGGCACCAUCUCACGGCUCCAUCUUAAUUGAAUGUGCACGCCGUGAACUACAUGCUACGACACCCAUUAAAAAGCCCAACCGGAGUCACCCCACCCGGAUCUCUUUAGUCUUCUACCAACACAAAAACUUAAAUGAGCCAAAACACGGGAUUGCCCUGUGGGAGGCAAAGAUGGCCGAGAGAGCAAAAGAGAGAGAAGCAGAAAGAUUGGAAGCAGAAAAUACCAAUCUGCCAGCCAAUGACAACAGCGCACAGCAGGCCAAUGCCACUAGAGAGAUUUUCUAUGAAGACAAUGAAUUCAACCAAAUCCCCUCCCGCCGAGCAUUAACAGUAACUCAUGACAACAUCAUAACGGUGUCUACUUAUGCCCUCACACGGGUUGCUGGGCCAUAUAACCAUUGGGCAUGAAUUUUCAUAGCAACUGUACAACCUUGCCUUGGAGCAGUGUUAUUCAAUAAUUUCUAAAGGUGCUGUUAAAGAACAAAGCCUUGUGUGGUUUACUCUGUUCAUCUCAACCAUUUGAAGGCUGAGGUUUAAAACAAUGAGCUUUUUUUCCUUAAACUGUGACUUUAUAUAUUUUAACAUCUGAUGAUGCUCAAGCACAUUUUAAGCAAAAAAAAAAUGUAUAGUUAAAAUGAUUUUGGCUAGGUUAUUUAACCCUGAUUGAAUUUAUUCAGUUUAUUACAUUUUUGGAAUUUAUACUUUGGUGCUUUGAAUCGUCUGUUUACUACAAAUGGGCUUUUUAUAGAGAUUUUAACAAAUUUCACCUUUUAUGAUGUAAAAUCAAGUUAAACAGUAUUAGCUAUACAGAGCUCUUGGUGCUUAAUCACACAAAACAGUUACGGAUAAGCUGAUUCUUUCUUCAUGGUGCCAUUGUUCUGACAACUUCCAAUCAUUGCUAUGAAGCCCAAUUUUAGAACCAAUGAUGAUUUUAACUGUGUAUAGAUCGUUCACAUAUGUAUAGCUGUAUGUAUGUGCUGUGUAUGCGCACGCACACACUCUGUCACACACUAUCACUAGUGAUGGUUGGGGUUGUAAGCUGUAAAUAUAUAUAUUUAAAAGCACUUUCUAUUUUUAAAGUUAACUUGAAAUAGUAUAAGGAUCACAAUUGUCUAAAGUUUGUGCAUUCUCUACCAAGGAAUUUAUUUUUUCUCUCACUCAGCAAAGUUCCAUACCGCUAUAACAGUGCAUAUAUAUAUAUAUACUAAGAAUAUUUGUUUUUUAAAUCUCUUCUGUCUCCAUUUUUCCCACUGAACAUUUCUGAAAAGGUAAAUAAAAUGCAGAAAGUUCAGUAUUUGCAAAUUUUGUUCAUCUCUGAAUUGAUAUGCAGUGAUCUUUUGUUUUAAGCAUGUUUAUUUCAGCAAUAAGUGUAAAAGUCUGUCUUGCAAGGAGCAGUGCAAAUUAAUACGAGGCAACUUCAGAAGUUCCGAACGCCUCAGGGGUCGAGUUUCUAUGAAAUCAGAAACUGGCCCCUUUUAAGUUGCCUUAUCAGUAUUUUGAAAAAUCAGACUUGGAACCUUUCCAAACAAGAGAAAUUUGCAGUAUGAGUGAUUUUGGAAUAAAUUUUAGUUUUAUUAAGCUUCCCAGUCGUCAUCAUUUAUUAUCAACGAAAGAACAUAUUCCGUAAAAUCUUGUCUGCUGCCUCCCCUGUAGUGAACCAAAUAGUGGCAUCUAUGGCUGAUUCCCACAAAAUGUUUCAUGUAGAAGGGGGCCAGAGCACAUGUUUUGCAUGCAGCAGGCCCCUGGCAUCUUCAGUCAGAUUUUAAAAAGCGGCUCCCUUAGCAGGGGUGGGAAAGAUUUUCUGACUUUAGAAAAGUAGCACCAGUUAGAAUGGGCUAUAUUGGGCUACAUGGACCCAUAGUUCCAUUCAGAGUAGGGCCACUUCAUAUACUUAUCUCAGUUUGAAGCCAAAUUGCAUCGUAGUUUUUGAACUUGUUGACAGAAUAGCUUUUACAUACAUUUUCAGUCUCAUGUGAAUUUUGGCUGUUUUGAAUUCAAACAACCCACUUUUCCAUGGUUUCCAUGCUCAGAUCCGCCCCGCAUCUUUUGUCAGGUACAGGCUCAGCCACAUGUCUUAAUAUGGCUGCGGGGACCUUGAUCCUUAGCACUGGCAACCUCCAGGUGGCACCCAGAGGUCUCCCACUGUUACAGUUAAUCUCCAGACAACCAACAUCUGUUUACUGGUGAAAAUGGCUGCUUUGGAGGGUCAAUUCUAUGGCAUUAUACUCUGAUGAGGUUGCUCAUCUCCCCAAAUCCUCCCUUCCCCAGGUUCCACCCCUAAAAUCUCCAGGUAAUAAUUGCCAACCAAGAGCUGCCAACCAAGAGCUGACAAUUCCAUUGAUCCUGUAGGGCAGGAAUUCCCAGUCUUUUUUAACUUACCACUUGGCAACCCAUUUCCCUAAAACUGUACCUCCAUAUUAGCAAACCCAUUAUGUUAUUUUUUUCAUGUACCCCCAAAUGCUCUAGCGUGUACCCCUGGGGAUACCCCAGGUUGGGAACCACUGCUAUAGGAGCACUUAGGAUCUGGCAUUUUUGAAGUGUGUACAAGAAUUAUUGAUUUGCUCCUUAAAGCAUGGUCAUAGAGUUGAUCAGUUAAGUUGAUCAAAAGACCAUAAAGCAUAACCAUAGAAAAGUAUAGUAAACCAGUUAAUGAGCAAGGCUGAGCUUCAGUUCUCAGGCACGCCCCUUAGAUGCCUCUCGCGUCUCCAGUUCAAAUCCUCAGGUAAGCAAGGCUGGGAAGAGCUCCUGACAAAGACAUUGGAGAGCUGCUGGUCAGAUUAGACUGUUUUGGCCUAGAAAGAUGGUCUAACAGUGUCAGGCUUUAACAACAGAAACAAUCCCAGGCCAAGAUGAGACUGUUUGGAAACAAUUCCUACACAAUUUUGCCCCAAGCCAUUUCCAAGCGGCUCGUAACAAAUGUCAGAAUUGCUAGGUGCUAGAAUGUGUCUCACCCCCACCUUGAUUAUUUUAAUUCCUAAUAAGGGGCAGGGAUGAAAGUCCCGGUUGGUACAAAGAGGCACCUUUCAUCAUCUGUUUCAAACGCCUAAUAAUAAUAACACACAUGAGAAAGCUAAAAGCUGUACAGGUAAGACAUUUUUCAAGUUAACUUUCACCUCUGCAAAGAGGAGAAAGCAGACCAAGUACUUGACUGUGAUGCUACUGAUUUAUGCGGGAGCAGUUUAUGCUAAAUAGUCACAGGCACAACAACCCUGUGUCACAGUGGGAUAUAGUCAUUGGUAACGUAGAUGCCACAAGCAGAACAGAUUGUGUGAAUCAGACGUCAGUUUCAAAUGGUGAAUUAACUCAUUUUAACCAGUUGUGAUGGUGACAUCCUAAUUAAUUCUUAGGGGAAGUAGACACCCCUAUUUGGAAUACUGUAGCAUCCCCCCCCUCUCUCUUUCUCAUCUUGUUGUACAGUUUAUUCUUGAUUAAUUUGAUUCCAAACAAUCGUCAACCCUCUUCAGGGUUGUACCCUGGCUGGGCUAUAUUCAAGAGAUGGAAAAUGUGUCGAUAUUCAGAGAUGGAAAAUGUGUCGUUAUUAACCACUCCAGCUAAAAGCAGUGUGCUCCACAUUGGCAUGAUUUGUAUGAAUAAGGGUCUCAGGCCUGAAGGGUAAAUGCAGUUAUUCCUGUGUGUCUCCGCAGUGUAUAUAACUCUCGCAGGCAUAACCAGAGCUGGAAUGUUUUUUUCCAAUCUGAAUUUUUGAUAACAUACUUGAUGAUAGUAGUGGUGCUGUAACAAAGUGUAACUGAAAUGUCUAGGUCUGCUUUCUUGCAAACAACUAGACAUGGUGCUUUAUUUUUUAGAAAAUGUUUACCAUGGUUGUGGUUUUAAUCUGAAAAUGUUCUGUUUUUUAAAAUAUAUAUAUACACAUAUAUAUGUGAAUAAUAUAGCUUACCCUCAAGUCACCUCAGACUCUGGUCCUGCAGGAAUGAAAUGUAGGGUUAAUCCCCUUAUCUCGCUGCAUCUGCUUUGCAUAAUUAUUAGAUGUGGACAAAGGGUUGGAGCAUUGCAGGAGACGGUGCUCCUUCUGCUGCCGUACAGCUCCUUUGCCUCUCCUCCUAUACUGAGGAUCUCCGCCGUCCUACCAGCCAGUGCGGAAAACUUGUUAGGCAAGGGGAGGAAUGGAGCUGUGGUGUCUGAGACUCUGUCUGGUCCCUGCUUUCCUGCCCUCUGCCUAACAGGUGACUGGUUGCUGUUAGAGACAACAGCUCCAAUCCUGUUUAAGUGAUCUCUACCUGAUGCAGUAGCACUAUGUGUGAAGUUCGGUGCUAUAUGCAGAAUUUACUUGCCCCUUCUCCUCUCCAUCAUCAGAAAUCACACUCCCAGGAGGACAGGUGUAUCAGCAAAAAGAUAAACUUUUGCUUGUAAAUAGCUGUUGUGAACACACUGAAACCAUCAAGUUUUCACAAAAGAUAGAAUCAAUGACAUGAAAUCAUAUAGCAAGGCCUGCUCAUUUUUGCAGGGAGCCUGGAUCCUGUUUUUCCCCAUUCUGGGUUGUGCUUGCAGACUACAUUCCUGCAGACAUUUGCAGAGUCUUACGAAAGCGGGGCGCUGCAAUUGCAUUGUGAAUUUACACCUCCAUGCUUCACUGUUGAUCACAAUGUGGCGCUGUUCAGACCCAUUCUGCAAUUCUCAUGCCCCAUUGUGUCACCUGAAUCAUACAUGUAAGGAGGGGAAGAUUUCCAUCCAGUCUUUCUGCCUGUACAAAAAAACUUUGUUAAAAAAAAUGCUGCAAUUUUUUAGUUCAGAGCUUAUGAUUAGCUGAAAUAGAGGAUAUGAAGGGACUGUACAUAAUUUAGAAGUCAAUACUAUAUCAUCAUUUUGUACCAGCAGUUUUCUGCUUCUUGGAUAUCUAUAUACAUUAAAGCAUUAUAGUAUUUUUGUGUGCCUUAGAUUUACAUUUUAAAAUUUGUAUAUUUUUUGUGAGCCUAAAAGUUAUUACAAAAAAUAACAGCUCUUUGUACAGUAAGCAGGAUUGUGAAUUCUUCCACUGCUUGUCUUUGCGGUUUAUCUCCCUCCCCGCCACCUUGUGGGGUACUGUGGUUUAGUCAAGCUUUAUGACAAAUCAUUCUGUAGGAACAAGACCUUGCUGAAGGGAUCAUCUGCAGCUUAUGAAGAGUGCUUUUAGCUUUGCUACCAGAGUUGUGGGCUGUCAGAAAGGAAUUUUUUUUUUUGCCCUCACGGCAUUUAAUACCCAUGCUGAGAGCAUCACUGUUUCUUGUAAAUUUACCCUGUAAAACUUGUGGAACUCUAAUUGAAAAGCAACCAUCUUGGAUGGAGUUCAUCUUGAUCAUGUCCCAUGCUAAGCUCUUGUGAUGCUAGAAAAUGCAAAACCUGAAAUGAAUCCAUAAAAUAAGGAUCACUUUUUUAAAAGGCCAAAAAUUGAGAUAGAUACAUCUUUAAAUAUCACCUUGGUGCAGUGAAGAAUUUUCAACUAGUGGUAAAAAAAUGUACUGUUUUAGCUGAGAAAGAAUCUGAUCCUAAAAUGACAAUAACCAAUAGGAAGCAACAUAUAUUUAAAUUGCCAAGUGGCACUCUUAUAAUCUGUAACCUAGAAAUUCCACUGAUUUCAGCAUUCUGUUCAUUUCAGUGGGACAUCCUGCAUGAUGAAUGGGAAUGAUUGGUCCCUUUUAGCAGCAAAUCCAACUUUGUGAAAUUCAUCAGGCUAUCAAAAUAUUUAAAAUAUAUUACAGAAUUUUUUUUUAGAAUUUUGUUUCCAUUUCCAGUCUCUUUAAAUAAAUUGAAAUGUGAAAACAGUGCGGCUUAUGAAAUGAUUCUUGCAUCCAGAAAGCUUAGCCAGUGGUCUUCUUAUAUCCCCCGGCGUAGUUGCUGGUUUACGAGCAUGCUUGUAGUGUGAGAACUGACAGUGACUUACUGUAGAUCCAGCUGUGUGCUAUUUAUUGUAGCAUUUCAGAAUAUUUAUCAUUUUUACAUAGAAAUUGAUGUAAUUUUGUGAAUGAGGUUAUAGCUACAAAGGAUUGUAAAAAUAUUGUCUUGUAGUUGUGAUAUCUUGGGUGGGGGGCUAUGACAAGCAGCAAAAUGUUCAGACUGCUGCAGCAAUCUGUCCCUUUCAAAUCAAUGGUGCUUGUGCAGGUGAGGCACUUUUUGGGGAUGAAGCAAUUUUGAUGUCCAGUGUCCUGUUGCUUUCAAGAUGGUCCUACCAGAUUCUCUGGUUUAGGGACUGGAAGACAACAAGAUUU